GGAAGACCACACCUCACUGCAGAGUGACCACAGCAGAGUGACCACAGCGGAGUGACCGCUGCAGGCCAGCCCAGCCCCCCGGGACCCCCGCCUGUCCCAGCCAAUGGCCCCGCUGGAGGGGCCGGGCAGGGGCUGGGCCAGGGGAUAAAACCCGGCGGGGUCUGAGCUCAGCUCCAGGUUCUGUGCUCUCUCUGUGUCCUCUCUGUGCCCUCCUGCAGCCCAGCAGAGCCACCAUGGUGCACUGGACAGCCGAGGAGAAGCAGCUCAUUGCCAACAUCUGGGGCAAGGUCAGCGUGGAGGAGUGUGGCGCCGAGGCCCUGGCCAGGCUGCUGAUUGUCUACCCCUGGACCCAGAGGUUCUUUGACACCUUUGGGAACCUGUCCAGCCCCACGGCCAUCAUUGGCAACCCCAAGGUGCGUGCCCAUGGCAAGAAGGUGCUCACCUCCUUCGGGGAGGCCAUCAAGAACCUGGACAACCUCAAGAGCACCUACUCCAAGCUGUCUGAGCUGCACUGUGAGAAACUGCACGUAGACCCUGAGAACUUCAGGCUCCUGGGUGACAUCCUGGUCAUCGUGCUGGCCGCGCACUUCGGCAAGGACUUCACCCCCGCCUGCCAGGCCACGUGGCAGAAGCUGGUGGGGCUGGUGGCCCAUGCCCUGGCCCACAAGUACCACUAAAGCCUCGGGAGUGUGUGUGUGUGUGACA